GCCAAGUGCAACAUGGUCAUGAUGCGGACCGACGACAAUGGGCUCGUGGCCAAGCCCGACGCUGCUGCUGCGCUCGUCGUACACCAGUUCAAGUCCAAGCGGCUGCGCGAGAUCGAGUACCUCAAGAAGCACAUCUACGACCUCCAGGCGCGCGUGCGCAAGACCAAGCGCGUCCGCGUCACGCUCUUGCCAUGGGAAGAAGUCGCAAAGGCCCUCGCCGACGACACGCUCGACAAGGUGCGCGAGAACCGGUCGCUCAAGCGCGAGCUGACGCAUAACAAGCGGCUCGCGCGGCUGCUGCAGGACUGGAUCCUCUCGCAGUCGCCGCAAACGCGGCAGCCCAACAUCCACCUCGAGUCAUGGCGCCACUCGCACAUUUUCCAGGGCGACGAGGCAACGCGCAAGGUCGGGUACGAGUGGCUCGUCGCGCAGCUCUACCACAACACGGAGCGUGCGCUCAUGCCACUCGCAUUCCCGCAUGGAAAUGAAUACUACCUCGAGACCGACAUUGCCUUUGACGGACCGAUCAUUAGCCUCACGCAGCAGAUGCAAGUGGUCUUGCCCUACUCGCUCGACGACGUGUCCCGCGCCGUUUGGAUCGCGGCGCAGACGUUUAUCCACUACAUUCAGCGCAAGCCCGACCCGCUCGCCAAGCUGCUGCAAGUGAACCGCGACGUCGAGUACGUCCAGGAAGACAUGGGCCCGAGUGCCAAGCGUAUCGACAGCAAGCUCCUCUACGGCCGGUUCCACGAACCGAACCGCACGGCCAUUGUGACGCGAGCUGUGCGCACCGACGACGCGUACCCGAUCGACCCGUCGACGUGGACCACCGACAUGAAGCAAUGGUUUGUGCUCGACAAGAUUGACGACCAGUCGACGCGGUGCCGGUUCUACGACUACCUCGGGCACCCGUCGACGGCGUCGGGGUAUGUGCCCAUCCAAGACGUGGUUCGCAUGUACCGGUACGAGCCGGUGAGCGACGCCGACGCGAUAGCCUACUGCCGCAACCGCUUUCCGCACCACCAGCGCCGCGAACGCGCCAUGUUUGCGAUCCACCUCCAACGCGUGCUCGACAAAAUCACGUCGUCGACGCCGAGUGCGUCACCGUGAGGCGUUUCACUCAUAACUAAUUUAAACAAACCUCGUGGACAUUAUUGUUGCGCUGCUUG